GGCCCUCCGCGGCGCGGCCUCUUCGCUGCCGGACGCUCCACAGGUGCGACGAUUGCGAGCGCGGGCCCCGCCGCCCAGUGCUCCCAGUCGGCCCGGGACAGCUGCGGCUGGGGCGAGCGGAGCGGCGGGAUCCUGAGGCGGGAUCGCGGCCGGCCGGUUACCGGUCCCCUUCGGCCUACGGAGCCGGGCGGCGGGAGGACCCCCGCGCCACUGAGGCGGGCGGCGGCGGCGCCUCGCCGGGGAGCGCUGGUUUCUCUGAAUCGUCCGUCCGUUUCCCGGCGACAUUUCUCAAGCUCGGUCUGCGAAGUCUCCUUCACCGAGCGGUAUGUGUGGUACCAAUGGAAUGUAGUAUGUGGACUUGCUCUACAAGUGCUGCUGAUGAAGACCUGCUUGCAAAUUUACAGUCAUUACAUAGUCAGCUGAAGAGAACUGAAAAAAGCCUACAAAUUGUAGAGGAAGAGCUUUCCAGCACUGGUACAAGUGAACAUUAUGGUCGCUGCUUCCAUGAGGCUGCAGACUUCACUUUGGAGGACCUUGUUCAGCCUAAUUGCAGCUGUCAACGCUUUUCCAACUGUGAGAAGAAUGCUAUUAAAACAUCUUGCCAGGAUUUUCAAAGAAAAUCUGAAUCUUACUCAGUAUCCACAACUUCUGAUAAAAGUGCAGAAGAAAAUGAACAUCUCAAGGAGAAGCUGAAUGUCCUUCAUGAGCAAAAUGCAUCCUUGGUUUCUCAGAACCACUGUCUAAAGAACAGGGUGGAAACAAUGAACUUCGAACUGAUGCAGUCAAAAACAAAAAUUUCAUAUCUUGAAUCGACUUUAGGUACACAUUUAGUCAGCAUUCCGAAGUGGAAAGAACAGAUCGCAAACUUGGAAGCAGAAGUUUCAGCUCAAGAUAAAAUUCUGAGAGAUGCAGAAAAUAAACUAGAUCAAAGCCAGAAAACAGCAAUGGAAAGAGAAGACAUGUUGCAAAGAUAUAAAAAGGACUAUAAAAAUCUGAAAAUGGAGUUAAUUGAACAAAACAAGCAAGGAAAGAGAGCAGAGCAGCAAAGAAAUGAAGCUUUGUUGAAUGCGGAGGAGCUGAUAAGGGCUUUUAAAAGGUAUAAAGGGAAAAUAACUGAAAAACUAGAAAAGGUUAAAGCUGAAGAAGCAGUCUUGGGAAAACGUUUAAUUAAUUGUGAAAAAGAAAAAGAGAAGUUGAAUGAAAAAUGUGUCAGCUACAGAAAGGAUCUCGACAUCCUAGAAGAGCAAUUAAGACAACUAAAGGAAGAGAAUCAUGACAAAAACCAAGAAAUUAAGACUCUAGAGGCAAAGAACACUGAAAUGGUAUCAAUGCUGACUCAGUCUGACCAGAAGAUCAUUGAGCUUGAGAGUGAACUUCGUGAAAAAGAAACAGUACUCAAAGAGAAAAAUGCUCUAGUAAGUGAAAAUGCAGAGCUGAGAGCGCUUACAGCACAGCAACAUAACCACUUGAAGUUAUGCUGUCAAGAAGUUGAAGAUUCAAAGGAAGAGCUCAACAUACUAGAAACCAUCAUUUCCCAGCUGUCUUUAAGUACACCUGAAGAGUUUAAAUGGCAGCACUUGAAACACCAGCUUUCCAGUUCCUUAAGAGAAGAAGGUGUCUCUGAAUCUUCUUGUGAAUUGAAUAAACCUUUGAUUGCAGACCUAAGCAUUAAACUGGCUAUGAAAGAAGCAGAAAUUCAAAAACCUUGUGCAAACUUUGUCUGUACUGGAGCUGAGCAUCUUUCUAAUGGUAAAGAAGUACAAGAAAAUAGCGGGUUAUGUGGCCUGGAAACAGAGCCUGUCAAAUUGAUCAGAAGUCAAGGAGAGAGCAGAAAAUGUCAACAGUUGGAACUUAUCAGCAAACAAUUUGAAAAGGAGAGGCAAAGAUUCCAGAAGGAGAUAGAAAAGUUACGUACUAAAGUGACAAAAGCAGAUGAUGAGAAUUCUUCUUUGAAGAUCAGCAUGGAUCAGAGAGCCAGUCAGUUUAAAAUCAUACAGGAAGACCUACUGAAGAAGGCUUCAAAAACUAGUAGCUUAGAGAAAGAAAUAACAAAGAAAUCUUCUCAACUUUCUGCACUUGAGAGACAAUUGGAAAUAAAGAAUAUUGCUUAUUCUGCUGCUGCCGCAAAAAAUACAGAGUUGGAACAGGAACUCAUGGGAAAAAACAGACGCAUUCAUGAGUUGGAAACAGCUAUCAGCAAAGAACAUGAGCAGAUAACUUCUGCUUUUGAAAAGGAAAAGUUGGCUCACCUUGAGCAGCACAAAGAGAUGGAGAAACUGAUUGAACUACUUCAGACACAGCUGGAGAAGAAACAUCAACAAUUCAUUGAACAAGAGAAAAUAAUAUCUGUUUUGCAACAAGAUGUUAUACGUAAACAGCAUCACAUUGAUUCAUUGGAUGGGUUGCUGACAGAAAGCAGAAAGGAAAUGGAAAAUCAAAAUGUCAAGAAAAAUCAAGGACUGAAGAUGCUGAAAAGUCAGUUAGAAGAAGAAACAAUCAAAGUGAGACAACUUGAGUUGGCACUAAACAUAUGUAAGGAAGAAGUUGCACUGUACUUGAAUCAGUCACAAGAAAAUAAGGAGAUAUUUGAAAAUCAGCUCAAAAACAAGUCUGAAGAGGUUUAUUAUUUACAGAAAGAAAUAAAACUAAAAGAUCAGAAUAUUCAGGACACAAGUGAACAAAAUAUUCUCCUACAACAAACUUUGCAUCAUCAGCAGCAAAUGUUACAGCAAGAAACAAUUAGAAAUGGCGAACUGGAAGAUAGUCAAACUAAACUUGAAAAACAGGUAUCCAAUUUGGAACAAGAGCUUCAGAAGCAGAAAGCAUAUGCAGAAGAUGAGUUGAGAAAGGUAGAAGAGAAACUUCACCUGGCUGCUGAGGAAGCAUAUUUAAACAGACAGAAGGUGGAUGAACUUAAUAAUACAAUCGGACAAAUUAAAUUGGAGAUGGAGCAGUGCAAGAAUGAACUUAGUGGUAUGGAAGAAGAAGUAGUGCAAUUAAAACAAGAGGGUGAAAACAAAACAAUGCAGAUAAAUCAGUUGAAUAUUACUUUGGACGAAACAAGAUCAGAGCUUGAUGAAAAGGCAAAUGAGGUGAAAGAUUUAGAAGAUAAGCUGCUUCAAAGUGAGACUUGCCACAGGGAAGCCUUACAGAAAAUAGUAGAACUAGAAUCUGCGUUACAGAACGCCCAUGGAGAAUUAAAAAUCACUUCAGCAGGGCUUCAGGAAUUAGAAGAUGCGUUACAGAAUGCACAGUCCUCUCUGGAGGAGAAGCAUGUUGCUAUUAUGGAUCUAACAACUGAGCUCAGGUACUGCAAGGGAGAAAUUGAAGACAAAACCCAACAACUCUUUGACAUGGACCAAGCGUUGAAAGAAAGGAACUGGGAACUGAAACAGAGAGCAGCUCAGAUUACACAGUUGGAUAUGACAGUUCGUGAACAUAGGGGAGAGAUGGAACAACAAAUAAUUCGAUUAGAGUGCAAUUUAGAGAAGUCAGAGUUAGAAAUUAAGGAAUGCAAUAAACAGAUGGAGAGCUUAGAGAAGAAACUCCAGCAUUCUAAAGAUGAGCUUCGUGAAAAAGAGUUUGAAUUGCUCCAGAGAGAUCAAGAAAUAAAUCAGCUGAAGAAAAAAGUUGUAAGAAAACAACAGAGCCUAGAAGCUCUUGAAAAGGAAACAACCAGGUCACAGAUUCUUCAGUUGAAUCAUUCUUUGUUCUUACUCUGCUUUAAUCUGUACUGAAGAUCUUGCAGUAAUACAACACUCUGCUACCCUUAGAAUAUGGGCACGAAUUGUGAAGAAAUGUUGCCUGUUGGACAAGCAGCAACCCAGGAAUGUGCUGUUACUGGCUACAUUAUCAUGCAGUCAAAGAGGAAUUUUUAACAUUGUAUUUGUAAAUAAUUAAUGUGGUUAUUUGUAUUAAAGUAAAUGACAACCCCUUUAUUUUUCCAACUGUUUUUGAGAUUGCCUUGAUAUAAUAACACCUUAAUUUGUUCUUGAGAAAUAAAUUUUAUAUUUUAAGUA